GAAUAGGUUAACAAAGUCACCAACCCAAAGCUAAAAAUAAUACCAGAUAAUUAAGAUGAGAUUUCUUUUUUAAAGGUUGGUCAAAUUGAAAAGAUGGCUUCAGAGAAACCCGGGAGCAUUGAACAAGCAAACGAGUCGGGAUUUUCUUCGGUUGAAGAAAGUUUGCUUAGUAUGGAAAAUUUGGAUCGAUCUUCGCCUGAAUUAUGGCCUGAGAAAUUUCCAGGUAUGUCUGAUUUCAUAAACAGUUUCUCUCCACCUCACUGCUCAACAAAACCACCAUAUUCGAAGGUGUUUACACCUGAGGAUACAAGCCAUCUUCAUCAACUAUCUGCCUUAUCUACAGCUGCAUUGAUAGCAAAAGUUAAGGAUUUGCACGAUAUCGCAUAUCAAUUAGGAGUGGAAGAAUCUAAAGAAAUGACGAGAGGAAAAUAUCUAAAUUUGUUUAAUAAACCGAGAAAGGUAAUUUAAUGUAAAUAUAUAGUGCGGUUGUAAAUAAUGUAAAGGUGUGUUGUAAAGAGAAAUUGUGUUUGUUAAAAUAUAAGUACUGUUUUUCCAUAAA